CGUUGUCCUCCUCAUUCUCCUCAUCACUCGCUCUUGCCUUCUUUCUCUGCACCUGACCAGCAGGCCAUCACUCGUCCUCCAUUCAGAAUGUCAUUGCCCAACUCAGAGAACGCCACCACCCUGGAGAACGCCAUGCAGCUCUUGAUCCAGACCUUCCAUAAGUACUCUGGGAACGAGGGGGACAAAUACACACUGAGCAGGGCUGAGCUCAAAGAGAUGCUUACCGCAGAGCUCGGCAACUACCUGGGGAACGCCCAGGAUAAGGAGGCGGUGGAUAAGGUAAUGGGAGACCUGGAUUCCAACAACGACGGUGAGGUAGAUUUCACCGAGUUCAUCAUACUGGUCGGAGCUCUUACCGUGGCCUGUAACGACUUCUUCCUGGAGUUCAACGACAAACCAGAGAAGAAGUGAACAUGGUCUUUGCACAAGGACGUCCACUCUGCAAACAGCUCCAGGGAGGAAACAGUUCAGUUUAGACGGUAGAAGAAGGACAUCCUGUCAUGGACACACACACACACACACACACACACACACACACACACACACACACACACACACAAACACACACACACACCCACACACACACGUCUAAUAGUCACUUGAGCACUAAGUGUUGUGUGUUUGUGUAUUUUGUCUGCAAUGUCCAAUCAAUCCAUUACUAACAGUAUUUAUGUGAAAAUCUGGAGAUCUGGAUCUUUCUUUUUUCUUUUCAUGUUUUUUGUAACACAUUCAAGCAAAGAAAUUUACUCCCUGAAAAGAAUAAA